UUAUAUUUCAGGACACUGAUGUAUAGAAUAGUCAAUAUUAUAAGAAAUGGUAUAAAACCAGUGUUUGUACUGGACGGAGCGGCUCCUGAUAUUAAAUCUACCGUUCUCGAAAAACGACAGAAACAACUAGGACACAGUGGCAGCAGUAGUACCGAACGUCAGAAAUUUACAACUUGUUCUAAAAAAUGUAUAGAAUUAAUAGAAGCCCUGGGGCUACCUUAUAUAGUGAACUCUGGCGAGGCUGAACAAAUGUGUGCCUGGUUAAAUUCUUCUGGGAAAGUAGAUGGAUGUAUAUCAGAUGAUGGUGAUUGUUUUUUAUACGGAGCCAAAACAGUCUAUAGAAAUUACGACCAGACUAAAAAGGAUUCAACUAUAGAAAGAUACAGACUAGAGACAAUAGAAGACAAACUUGACCUGGCCCGUCGUGAUUUAAUAGUUUAUGCCUUACUCUCAGGCUGUGAUUACAACGAGGCUGGUGUCCAGGGGGUAGGACAGAAAAAAACACUCAGUUUUAUACAAACUUUAAAAUCUACUGAUAAUGAUGUCUUAACUCGGUUAGUCUACUUUAUUUUUAAAUAUUGA